AUCAUCCGGCGGCUAGAGAGUAUUGAUUAGACAAAAAAUUUCAUUCUUUUCUUUCAACAGUUCCUAUCUAGACAAAACUUUUCAGUAUCGUUAAUGCUAGUUUUAACAAAAUUUUAUUCAUUACUAUUUCUCUGAAGGAACAAAAUAAUAUCUGAUGGGUCAUCACCUGAUAACGAUAGUGGCUCUACUCUUCGCCGCAGUGGUUGCAUCCAAUGCCUGCUAUUACAAGAAAUUCUCUCCAAAUCACACCGGCUGUAAAUCGAGAAAUCCGAGAUGCAACAUCGUGGACAACCGAGUGUCAGAUGAUGACAAAAAGUUGGUGGUCAAACUGCACAACCAGUAUAGGGAGAAAGUGGCUAUGGGAAGAGAAAGCGCCGCAGGUGGCCUACCAACUGCCUCCAACAUGUUAGAAAUGGUCUGGGACGAUGAGUUGGCUAAUAUAGCUCAGAAGCAUGCCGAGACCUGUGAAUUCGAACAUGACUGCAAUGAUUGCAGGAGAGUUGAUCGAUUCGGGGUUGGUCAGAAUCUGUUCAUGUCUUUUUCAUCCAAUAUGCCAUCAGGCAGUGGUGACUGGGAGGGAAUGGUGAAGUCCUUUUACAGUGAAGUAUCAAAGUUCAGGAAAGAAUACAUUUCCUCUUUCAGAUUCAGAGGAGACUAUGGUCAUUUCAGCCAGAUUGUUUGGGCUGACAGCUGGAGAUUGGGCUGCGGAAAAGUUGUUUUCAGAGAUGGCAGCUGGUACAAGACAAUGAUUUCUUGCAAUUACGGCCCAGCUGGAAAUAUUAUAAAUUAUCCAAUAUACAAGAUUGGCAAUCCAUGCUCUGCAUGCCCAUCGAAUAGUUGCUGUGGAAAUUUGUGCAACCGAUUUGGAAUCCGUUCCAAUUAUCAAGGACUCUGCAAAAAACUUAAUUAAAAUCCUGCUGAAAUAUCCAGAUGCAACUUGAUUUAAUUUGGAUUAUCAAAGCUGAAAAAAGAAGUGCAACUGCAAUUCAAUCUCUAUACUGAAUUGAUCAAUAUUUGAAACGACAAAAAUUGUAACAUGUAUUCUUUUCCAAAGAUGUAAUAAAUUUUUUUCCAAACAUUUAAUAAAUUUGAUCCAUUUUCUUUUGAA